UGCGUUUCCAGCGAUGCUGGACGAAUGGCACAAGCGUGUUCUAUCGCUAGACAUCUGGAGCAUGCACGGAGAUCACUCGGAGGAGCUCCUGGAAGUUCCAUUGACGUUUCAAAGCUACAAGCAUUAUCUAGAGAUCUUCCGGCCGCUUUGCUUCGAAGAGUUCAAGGCACACCUUGAAAGGUCUCUCGAGACAAUGGAUUUGUCGCGCUCCGACGUUGUCACAGCGUUUUCCUUGCGGCAGGAAGGCUACUUUCACCUUGUGGAGUUUGACGGCCACACCGUUAAACUCGCAGAGAACGAUUUGAUACUUCUACGUGAUCCAGCUCGGACUUCUCACAUGAUCGGCAAGAUGAGUAAACGCUCCAGAGCUUGAUGCAUUCUAAAAGAAUCUCUUUGCAUUGCAGGUUGAGAAAAGAAACAACCUUCUCGUCAAGGUUUAUCUUCCUCACAGCUGCGAAAGGCUUUCCAAGUUGCGAGAGAUGCUAGUGACGGAAAGUACGUGGCAUCUGAACAAGCUUACGUCCGUGACGACGUUCAUCCGCGAGCAGCAGGCUAUGGCGGCGAUGCACUUGUUUCCAUUACUGGAAACAAUACUCUCGGCUUCUCCUCCACGAGAAAUAUCAAGAACUCAAAGCCUUCCACCACAACUGCGGUCAAAGCUUAGACGCGAGUACAACGAGAGUCAGCUGAGCUCUAUCGCUGCUGUCGCCGACCAGAUGAUUUCUCUCAUACAAGGGCCACCAGGAACUGGAAAGACAAGAACAAUCCUCGGCAUUGUGAGCGCAUUGCUGGCCCAUGCAAACGAGGAGGCUGGCAAAGCCGAGGAACACGAGAUGCUAGACGUGCUAACAGAUAACCACCAAACUGAGUUCCGAGAUAAGCUGAAAGCUACAAGGAUCUCAGUCCAACGCAGCAGUGGACGAACUGGUGACAAGAAUCUCAAAGCAUGGCGUCUACAACUACGAUGGAGGGACUUACUGGCCCUCUAUUGUCCGCGUCGGGGACACGAAGAGGGUGCAUUCCCAGGCAAUGGCUGUGCACAUCGACCGGCUGGUGGCGAAGAGAAUGCGUUAGCUGCUCCAGCCGAGGUGGAAAGUCAGGAUGGGAUUCCGAAACUUGACAAGCUAGCAGGUCUUCAAGAGCAGCAGAGACUGCUUUUAUCAGAGCUGAUCAAGGUGGAAAAUCGCGAGCAUGGCUUUCUUAUGGGAUCAAACCGAAAGAAGAAACAAGCCAUGAAGCUUGAAGUUUUAAGAGAAGCAGAUGUGGUACUGACGACGCUAAGCGGCUGCGGAGGUCACAUUUACUCGACUUUGAUGGAAUUCAUUGCAACGAGAGACGCGCAGGCCGCGGAGAUGCUGUUCGACGCUGUGAUCAUCGAUGAAGCUGCACAGGCCGUGGAACCAUCAACUCUGAUACCGCUUCAGCUGUUGAAAGCGACUCGUGGGAAGUGCAUCCUGAUUCGGGAUCCUAAACAGCUACCAGCGACUGUUCUCUCGGUUCCAGCAUCAAGGCUCCUGUUUGACUGCAGUAUGUUCGAGAGUUUCCCGGUCAGCAUGUUAACAACGCAGUAUCGCAUGCACCCUGAGAUUCGAAGCUUUCCAUCGACACACUACUACGAUGGCCAGCUCAAAGAUGGAAGCACUGUUCUACAUGGCAACCGAAGCGCUCCCUUCCACCGCGAAAGCCAUACAGGUUUUUUUGACAUUCGAGACGGGCAGGAAAGGCCAGGCUCGAUGCAGUCGCUUACCAAUCCCGACGAGGCAGAGUUUAUCUUUCAACUCCUUCGUGUUCUCAAAGAGAGGAUUGGAGUGAUCACUCCAUACCAGGAGCAGAGAAAAGUUCUCCAAGAAAACAUGAGGAGUUUACACUCGGGGAUCGACGUAAACACGGUGGAUUCGUUCCAGGGGCGAGAGGCAGACAUCAUCGUCCUCUCGACAGUGCGUGCUUCGUUUGGAGACUCUCAAGCUGGUGUGGGAUUCCUCGCGGACGUAAGGCGCAUGAACGUAGCACUGACGAGGGCCAAGUUUUCGCUCUGGGUCGUGGGAAAUGCGAGGACGCUCGAAAGAAAUCCCGACUGGAAAGCUCUUCCCAAGACUGUAGCCCUACCACAGCGCAAUCAACGGCUUACACAGCUUCAGCUGACAACUAAAUCGAUCCAACGGUUUUAUUCUGCAGAACGUAUUAACGAUAAAGAUUGCUCCAGCUUGGCUUAUCCAACGGCUGCUAGUGAAGCCCGCGGGAAGCGUUUUUUCGCGUGA